GAUCGCUCUAUUGUGCAUCCUAGGGGUAUCAUAGAGGACUUGCUUGUUAAUGUGGGUACAUUCACAUAUCCUAUUGAUUUUGUUAUUGUGGAUAUAAAUGAGGAUGUGGAUGUGCCUUUGAUUUUGGGUAGACCGUUUCUCGCCACCGCCAAGGUGCUUAUUGAUGUGCAUAGUGUCAAGUUAAUCUUGCGUGCUUGGAUUAUUGUGAUAUGUUGGCUGAUUUUGAGACCGCACUCACCAUCAUGAGUGCGGGUACUAACGAUGCCCUUGAGCGUUGUAUUUUGCUAGGUGAGCAGGCAUCAUAGGAGCUGCAGCGGGAGGAGAAGCUAGCCGCUCUGGAGAGCUGCGAAUUUCUGGAGGGUGCCAAGUAUUUCAAGCCGAUCUCAUCCUCUUCUCGCAUCACCACCUCUCUAGAGGAACCACCAGAGCUGGAGCUAAAGCCCCUCCCUCCUCACUUGGAGUAUGCAUUUCUCCAGGAGGGGAACAAGCUUUCAGUCAUUAUUAGCUCGACCCUCACACCCGAGCAGAAGGCCAGGCUGGUGGCCUUGUUGAAGCAGUACGAGCGAGCGCUGGCAUGGAAGAUCACUGAUAUCCGGGGGGGAUCAGCCCCUCAUUCUGUUCCCACCGGGUACUGCUAUAGAAUGAGAUGCGGCCAGUGAGACAGCCCUAGUAGAGACUGACAUUGAACCUAGAGGUUGUGGUUCGGGCGGAGAUCGUGAAGCUGAUCGAUGCGGGGAUCGUCUUUGCUAUUUCUGACAGUGAGUGGGUCAGUCCCACCCAGGUGGUGCCUAAGGUGGGCGGGCUGACCGUGGUACCCAAUGAGAAGAACGAGCUCAUACCUGUGCACACAGUGAUCGAGUACCGUGUUUACAUCAACUACCAUCGCCUCAACGACGCCACCCGAAAGGAUCAUUUCCCGCUGCCUUUCAUUGAUCAGAUGUUGGAGAGGCUGGCGGGGCACAAUUACUACUGUUUCUUGGAUGGGAUGUCCGAGUAUUUUCAGAUGCCCAUUGCACCAAAGACCAGGCGAAGACCACCUUCACCUGUCCUUUUGGCACAAUCACCUACCUGAGGAUCCCAUUCAGGCUAUGAAAUGCCCUGGGCACAUUUUAGAGCUGCAUGCUGGCAUCUUCGACCGACUGGUCGGAGAAAUCAUGUAGGUGUUUAUGGACGAAUUUUCAAUCUAUGGGGACUCAUUCUCUCACUGUCUCCAUAACCUGGAACUCGUCCUAAAACGGUGUGAGGAGACGAACCUGGCGCUGAGUAGGGAGAAGUGACACUUCAUGGUUUGUUAAGGCAUACUUCUGGGGCACAAGAUCUCCAAGAUGGGGAUAGAGGUAGACAGAGCCAAGAUCGAGAAAAUCAGCAAGCUUCCUCCUCCCACAUCUGUCAAGGGGAUCCAUAGUUUCAUGGGCCAUGUGGGGUUCUAUAGGCGCUUCAUUAAAGACUUCUCCAAGAUGGCCUUGCCCCUAACAAAGCUCCUUGAGAAAGAUGCCCCCUUCCAGUUCACUGACGUGUGCGCAGCGGUAUUCACGAACCUGAAGGAGAAGCUCACUCAUGAUCCUAUCAUGGUCACUCCUAACUGGUCUUUACCGUUCGAGCUGAUGUGCGACGCCAGUGACUUUGCUGCUGGAGCUGUUCUAGGGAAGAGGCGAGAUCAGCACUUCCGUCCUAUCUACUACGUCUCCAAGACCCUUAACGAUUCCCAGGAGAACUACACCACCACGGAGAAGGAGCUGCUAGCCAUUCCUUACCUGAUGAGCAAGGCCGAUGCCAAUCCUUGACUCAUACGAUGGAUCUUAUUACUGCAGGAGUUCGAUAUCGAGAUCUGGGACAAUAAGGGGGCCAAAAAUGUUGCUGCCGAUCAUCUCUCCUGGUUGGACGCACCUCAUGCACACAACCACGUGGAGGAGAUCAACGACUCCUUCCCAGAUGAGCGACUGAUGAUGAUGUGCUUGGUGGAGAGUGUCACCCCUGUGAACUCUGAUUUUGCAAAUUAUCUGGUGGGCUAGCAGCUGCCCAAGGGGAGGGCAUUCUGUCUCAUUUCUAUGAGGUACCUACUGGAGGGCACCAUGGUAGUAACCGCACGGCACGGAAGGUGCUACAGUCGGGCUUCCACUAGCCCUCGCUCUUCAAGGACGCCGAUACCUUCGCACGCAGGUGCGAUCGAUGCCAGAGGUCAGGUAACAUCUCUGCCCGUGAUGAGAUGCCCCAGAAUGUGUUUAUAACUUGUGAGAUUUUUUAUGUCUGGGGUAUCGACUUCAUGGGCCCCUUCCCUCCAUAAUUUGGCAAUACAUACAUCUUACUUGUUGUUGAUUACGUCUCUAGGUAGGGUGAGGCACAAGCUUUUCCCACCAAUGAUGCUAGACGUGUUUGUCAGUUUCUGAAGCAGUUUUUCUCCCGGUUCGGGACACCUAGGGCUAUCAUUAGCGACAGAGGGACCCAUUUCCAGUGUAGUUCGAUAAAUUGCUAUCCUGCUAUGGUGUCACCCACAAGGUGUCCGUGGCCUGCCACCCUAGACGAGUGGUCAGGCUGAGCUGACGAACCGGAAACUUAAGCGCAUACUGGAGAAAAUGGUGGAUCAAUCCCGCAAGGAUUGGUCCACCAAGCCCGAUGAUGCUCUCUGAGCAUACCGGGCUGCCUACAAGAUGUCAAUUGGUACUUCACCUUAUUGGCUUGUCUAUGGAAAGGCAUGUCAUAUCCCCGUGAAGCUAGAGCACAAGGCCUUAUGGGCCCUUAAGCUGCUCAAUUUGGAUGUUAGUGUUGCAAGUGUUGAACGAAAAUUGCAGAUGUUGGAACUGGAGGAAUGGCGUUACCACACCUACGAAAACACCAAGUUGUACAAGGAGCGCACUAAGGGGUCCGAAGGAUUUUCAGGUUGGCGAUCGAGUUCUCAUCUAUAACUCUCGUCUGAAGCUCUUUCCCGAAAAAACUCCGCUCUCAGUGGUCUGGACCGUUCACGGUCACACAAGUGUUCCCGUAUGGCAAGAUCGAGAUUGCAAACCCGCAGACUGAGCCAUUUAAAGUGAAUGGCCAUCGUCUCAAGCUCUACCUGGGAGACGAGGUUGAACAUGCGGAUUUGGCAACUAAACUAGCAGACCCUUAGUUUCGCCAUGGGCGUCCAACUAAAACACGGUAAAGAAGCGCUUGUGGGGAGGCAACCCUACAACGUUUUGCAUUUCUGUCCUUUGUCCCCAUUGUUUUGUGUGUGUCGAGUUAGGUCCUUCGGUAUGCCUUGUUUUGGGUGUUUUUCGUGCAGGGGUGUUCGAAAAAAAUGAGAAAAUCGAAAUUUGGCCGAGAAGGGGAAAAUACCCGGCCGGGUAUUUUGGCAUCACGGCCGGGUCCCCUUUUGAUUAGGGGGCGAAAAAAGCAGGAAUACCCGA